UUCUAACCAAAAAAUAGGAAUAUUUUUGUUAUGAGAAACUUUUGAUGAAUUAUUUGAGGAAUUUAAUGAAUUUUUCAACAUCUGAUAAUAUUUUUAGAAAAAUUAAACCUAAAUGGCGUCAACAAAUAACUCUGGUUUAGACAAACAGCAGUUCACUCUCGAAAUAGAUUAUGAAGAAAUUCAAUUUCUCAAUGAUCAGGCUGUUGGAGAAGGUACCUUUGGUGUCGUUUUUCGUGCACUUUGGAAAAAUAAGUUAGUCGCUGUAAAGAAGAUCACAAGAGACAGUGAAAAAGAAGCUUUUGAAGUUGAAGUUCAACAGUUAUCCAGAGUGAAUCAUCCCAAUAUUGUUACACUUUUUGGAGCUUGUACAAAGGGUCCAAAUAUGUGCUUGGUCAUGGAAUAUGCAGAUGGUGGAUCUUUGUUCAAUAUUUUACACCAUUCACCUUACAUCAGAUACUUUCUAAAUCAUGCAAUGUCAUGGCUUUAUCAGUGUGCCCUAGGUGUUCAAUACCUACAUAAUAUGAAACCUAAGCCUUUGAUUCAUCGGGACUUGAAACCACCAAACUUACUGCUUAUCGACAAAGGCAAACAUUUGAAAAUUUGUGAUUUUGGUACAGCUGCCGAUCAGAGAACAUAUAUGACGAACAAUAAGGGUUCUGCUGCAUGGAUGGCUCCUGAAGUUUUCGCAACCUCCAGUUAUAAAGAAACAUGCGACGUAUUCAGCUGGAGCAUAAUACUUUGGGAGGUGCUCUCUAGAUGUAGGCCAUACGAUUCGCCAGGUAUAACCUCCAUUCAAAUUUUGUGGAAUGUUCAUCUGGGAAAGCGUCCUCCACGUAUCAGAGAUUGCCCUCCAUGUAUAGAAAAUUUAAUGGUUAGAUGUUGGGAUCAGAAACCUGACAAACGCCCAAGUAUGAAUGAGAUAGUUGAAAUUAUGUAUGAUAUAUGUAGUAUUCUACCUGUAGUUGAAGAUGUUGUUGAGGUGGACGAUGUAGAUAGUUCAUAUGGUCCUGAGGAUGACUCCUACAGGGUGGAUGAUGAAGAAGAAAUAACCUGCACUGAGUAUGAUUCAUUUCCUCAAGAUCUCCACGUGCCUAGGGUACAUACCUUACCACAGCCAACUUUAAACUCAAUGGUUCCACUCAGUGUCAGUGUAGAUCCAAAUGCUUGGGAGCUGCCUAAUCCAGAAGAAGAACUCCGAAAUAUGGUUGGCUUGAACCUGGAACCCUGUAUAGAUAAUAACACGGCGUCGCAUUCAGGAAUGCAACCUGAUGGUUAUUCGAUACCUGAAGAACAAUCAAUAUCUGAUGAGAUUUUAGAGAAAGAAGUGUUUCCCUUCUUGGAUUCCCCCCUGAGGCCAGCCACCCCAGACACAAACGACUCCAGGUCGAUGGCCCUCUAUGAAGAGCACAAACAAUUAGCUAAGGAAUAUUUUAAGGUGCAAUCUGAGCUUGUGCACCUGAACAAAGAGAAAAACAGGAUAUUAGACCAGCAGCUGAAAGAACAGCAGCAGCAAGAAGAACUACAAAACGAAUAUGAGUCCCUCAUACAGUUGAAAAAUUUCCUAGUGGCCCAAAAGGAGGGUGUCAGUGCUAACAACAGGAGUAGGGAAAACUGGAAUAACUCAAACAGGACUAAUUAGUGAAUUUGACGUGAACAAAGGUAAAAUUGAUUGAAGCAGUGUAAAAAAAUGACUUCAAUGAUAAUUUAUUCGCAAUAUUCAAUUCUGAAUGUUACAAUAGUGUUCACUUUUUGAGUGGUUUGAUUACUUAUUUAUAUGCGACAAUAUGUAAGGAAAUACAAAAUAAUGCGAGUGGCCAAGGAAGCACUUUAUUGUUAAGGGAAAUGACUAUUUUUAGAUUUAACUGUUUUAUAUUGAUAUUUAGUUUGUAUAGAUAUUGUAGAUAGAGUUUUUUGAUAUA